GCCCUGGCGUCGCCUGUGGAGGUGCCGCCGGCGAUACCAGGAAAGGCGACGACUGCAUCCCCGCCUCCGCCACCGGCUGCUCAGGCGUCCACUGGCCCAGCAGCUGCGGCCGCAAACCCUUACCUCAGCGCCAUGACGAGCAAUGCUGCCAUGAACCAGUACCUCCAGCAACAGUACCUGGCACAACAGGCGGCUGCGAUGGCUUAUCAUCAGCAAUUUGCGCAGCAGCUCAUGCAGAUGUACGGAAACCAGGGAGCUUCCUGGGGCAAGUCCGGCAAGGGCAAAGGCUUCGGAAAGAGUAAAGAUGGCAAAGAUGGCAAAGGAAAAGCAGCGGGAGAGCCCGCGCCAUUUUCGGCCCCAGCGCCGGCUGACGGUGCGCAGGACGCGGGCCAGGCGGGCCAGGGAACUUCGCCCUCCGAGGGCGGGCUGGCCGACUUUCAACCGGCAAAGCCGCGGCUCCUGCAGAUUGUGGACCCAAACAGCGGACAGCCGAUCGACACCAUGGGCAUGAAUUUUGCCCCGUGGGGACCUCGCAACAAAGGUAGUACCAGUGAGCAUUCAGGUACAUUUGUUCUCACGUGCUUGUUCAUUUCAUUUUUGUUGUUUUUGAUCUGGCCGUUUUAUUUGAUUAUUCAUUUUUGUUCGCUGCAUGGCUUGCUGCAUUCUGCUCCUUUGAUUGAUUCCAGCUAUUCUUCUGGUACCACUCACGUGAAACUCUUCUUGCGUUGCACGGCUUUUGCUGUAUUUGGUUUAGCUUUUCGUUAG